UGAUAAUGGGGUGACCUUUGCCCCUGACAUGAGAUAGUGCCUUGCUGUCUGCUAGAACCUAAUCAGAGGUCAAAGUCUGCUCUCUCCCUGACAGAUCCAGUAGGAGCACAGUAUGUUUUUGUUCUUCACUGUCUAAGCCCUUCUCACCCUGUCAGCAACACCUCGACUUGUGGAGAGCUUCCUGUGCUUGGAUUGUUACCAAUACAACACCAUGCUGCUUCGGACUGUGGUCCUUCUCCUUCUCUGCGUGUCCAUGGGAACGUGUGCCACUUUAGGUCACUACCAGGCUCAAACAAAGGAGGAGGAGGCCCUUGCUGUGGACCCAGCUGCUGUUACUGAUAGUGUAAUUGCAGGUGCCUCUGUAGUUGCAGCUGAAGAAGGUGUAGCUGCCACAGAUGUCCAAGUAGGUGAUUCACCUGCAGCUGAGGAGCCCGUAGCUAAUUUUAGUGACGAACUACUAGCUAAAAUACUUGCAGUGGAUAAUCCAGCAGCUGACAAACCUGAAGUGGAUGGCGUUGUAGCAGAUGGUGCUGCAGCAGAAGAGCUGGGGACAGACAGCAAUAGGCCUGCGGGAGACACCCCUGCCAUGGAAGCUCUCGCUGAAGAGGCUGUGAUCCGGGAGGAACCUCCUUCUGAGAAAGAGGAGGGGAAUGAAAUCAGACCAGUCGAGACGAACCAGUCCCCGGACAGACCCUUGGCUAAUGAAGAUAAUAACAGCUGGAGCCUUAACUCAAUUAGAAAUAGUUUCCAGACUAUGCACGGAUACUUUGACUCCCUGGUGGAGCUGGUGGGGGGGCACAAUGGUGUGUGUCAUUACCGCUGCAGAUAUGGUGAGGCUCCUCAGCCUCAACCCGGCUACCAGCUCCCAGAGCCCAACGGCUGCAGCUCCUCUCUGGCGGGAUUCCAGGUGAAUGGCGCUCUUGACCUGGGGAUCCCUGCUAUGACUAAGUGCUGUAACGAGCUUGACACGUGCUAUGACACUUGUGGCACAAGCAAGAACAACUGUGACUCCAAGUUUCGCUCGUGUCUACAUGGCAUCUGCUCUGACCUUAAGAAGAGCCUGGGCUUUGUGUCAAAGGUACAAGCCUGCGAGUCCAUGGCAGACGCCCUCUACAACACAGUGGCGACUCUGGGUUGCAGGCCUUACAUGAACAGCCAGAGGGCAGCGUGUGUCUGUGAGGGAGAGGAGAGGGAUGAACUGUGAAACAGAACAGGAACAAAUCCUGGACACUUUCACAGACAAAUAACAGAUUCCUGGGUAUUUCCAAAGAUUAUACUGUAUAUUUAUAGCCUUUUUCAUACUUUACAAGAGCCCUCUCAAGAUUCAGAGCCUGGAAGUUAAAAAAAGACAUAGAUGGGGAAUGCAAGUGGACAGUUUCUUAGGUUUUAUUCAUAGGCAGUUCUUACAAAUAUGUUGUAUCUGAAAGUGACUUUCGGGGCCUUAAUUUAUUUCUCAUGCAUAUUAUACUCUCCAUACUUCAUUUCAUUUUUAGGCCAUUUUUAGGCCUCCAUGACUCCAUUACCAUAAAUUACUUUGAUGACUCCAAACAAAGUGCCUGAUGGGAAGGAUAUUGUAGUUGCAUCAAUUUGCUCUAGACAGAAAGACAAAAGAUAAUUACUGUGGCUCACAUGGUUGACUGUGGUUGGUAUUUAACAUUUAUCACGAUAAUCUACUAAAACCUUAAGUCAGUGUCAUGUAAAAUGUAAUGCCUAUUACAGCUACUGUGUUAAUGUUUGAUGUAAGUUAUUUGUCAGUUAUUUUUAUUUUUUUUAUGAACAAAUGGAUGACUAGUUGCAGUUUAACCGACAUGAUUAAUUCUAGAUUAACUGUCAGAGCGAUGAGUCACUGGCAUAAUUUCCUGGCAUGGCACACUGAUAUCUCUUUUCCACCACACUGUAAUAUGUGACGCGCUCCCAAGCCAUUGAUUAUAUUGAGCAAAUGAGUCAGAAUGGAUGUUCCAUAUAUGUAUAUUUUUCAAGUCAGUGAUAGUGUGAAAUAUAAACCACUUUUAUAAAUCCACUAAAUCUUUAAGCUGUAAUCGAGCCUGAGAAAUGCCUGAAAGUGUGACCUAGAAAAACAUCCCUCAUGGUGUAGUUGUUACAAAUGAACUGUGGACCCUCCGAAUGACUUCUAAUAGAAAUGUCACUCACUUUAAUGUCAGUAAAUUGUGCUGCCAGCCAAAGGGACAAAC